AUGGAGGGCCAGAGCGUGGAGGAGCUGCUGGCCAAGGCGGAGCGGGACGAAGCCGACAAGUUGCAGCGCAUCACGGUGCACAAGGAGCUGGAGCUGGAGUUCGACCUGGGUAACCUGCUGGCCUCCGACCGGAAUCCUCCCACGGGCCUGCGGCACGGGGAGCCCACCCCGGAGGCCGAACUGCGGGCCUUGGCGCGGGACAACACGCAGCUGCUCAUCAACCAGCUGUGGCAGUUGCCCACGGAGCGCGUCGAGGAGGCGCUGGUGGCGCGGUUGCCGGAGCCCACCACUCGCCUGCCGCGCGAGAAGCCGGUGCCCCGGCCGCGGCCGCUGACACGCUGGCAGCAGUUCGCGCGCCUCAAGGGCAUCCGUCCCAAAAAGAAGACCAACCUGGUGUGGGACGAGGUCAGCGGCCAGUGGCGACGCCGCUGGGGCUACCAGCGCGCCCGCGACGACACCAAGGAGUGGCUGAUCGAGGUGCCCGGGAGUGCCGACCCCUUGGAGGACCAAUUCGCCAAGCGCAUUCAGGCCAAGAAGGAACGGGUGGCCAAGAACGAGCUGAACCGGCUGCGCAACUUGGCCCGCGCGCACAAGAUGCGGCUCCCCAGCUCGGCGGGCAUGCACCCCACGGGACACCAGAGCAAACAGGAGCUGGGCCGCGCCCUGCAAGUGGCCAAGGUCUCCACCGCGUCCGUGGGGCGCUUUCAGGAGCGCCUGCCCAAGGAGAAGGUCCCCCGGGGCUCCGGCAAGAAGAGGAAGUUCCAGCCUCUCUUCGGGGACUUCGCAGCGGAGAAGAAGAGUCAGUUGGAGAUGCUGCGAGUCAUGAACAGCAAAAAGCCUCAGCUGGACGUGACGAGGGCCACCAAUAAGCAGAUGAGGGAGGAAGACCAGGAGGAGGCGGCCAAGAGGAGAAAAACGAGCCAAAAGGGCAAGAGAAAGGGGGGCCGGCAGGGUCCUGGGGGCAGAAGGAAAGGGGGUCCGCCCAACCAGGGGGGUAAGAGGAAAGGAGGCUUUGGAGGCAAGAUGAAUUCCGGGCCGCCCGGCUUGGGUGGCAAGAGGAAAGGAGGGCAACACCAAGGAGGGAAGAGGAGGAAGUAA